AUGAACGAGACAACACCUGUGAAAAUACAACAACCGCACCAUAAGCACACGAACACUGCAGCAACCUUAGAGGAGGAAGAGAAAGGCGAGCAUAUCGAAAUUCUUAACAAACAGCAGAAGAAAAGGAAUGAUUUUAUCAUUGAAAAAUAUCUGUUUUUAAUCGGCUUCUUAUUCCCCAUUGCAUGGUUUAUCGGCAGCAGCUCGUACUACGGCAAUUUACGAACGCUUUCUUCGUCCGCGUUUAUUUGGAAGAAACGCUGCAGAAUAGCCGCCACCCUUUGUUUAACCUCGGGUAUUGUGGUUUGCGCUAUUGUUAUGGUUGUCAAUCCCAAGUUGUUCGGUCUGAAAACAGCAGAAUAUUACGCCUCUGCACAGACUUCUUCCUCUUCCAACACGGCUAUCCGACCUGGUGUCCCUUUGAUCGGUACCAAUGAUUGGGGUGAUACAGUUGCUGGUCUAUCGAUUAAUGAUCAACCGGCAAUUACGUAA